AUGAGCCAAAGAACCCUUUAUCUGGGUAAUCUGCCGCGGAGGCCAGCCAGCGAAGCUAAUUUCACUAGACUAGUGCUUCAUGCUAUAAACAGCCAGAACCCCUACGUGCAAAAUCAUGACCUUCCAAUCCCGCAGGUAAAAUUUGACACCUUGCCAAAUGAUAAUCGCCGUGUCUUCCACGAUCCAUUGUCUUCUGAAAAUAUUGUGUCGGCAUAUGCCAACAGUAAGCAGAGCCUCUUGGAUUCAGUGGCCAACGAAGAUGAACUAUGCCAGGAAGUUUUGAGGAAAUUUUUUGACAGCCUAGACACAUUAUAUCAGCCUGAGUUCGCCAGGAAUUUAACCAUUGGAGGUUUCCGAAAGCUCUUUCGCCAACUUCAGUCACAACAAGAUCAAGUCCACUCGCUAUCCGAUCAUGAUCUGACCAGGAUAUUGGCGAUUUUACGGGAUACAGAGGCCCAAAUCUGUCUGAAAAGCCGAAAACACUUAUCGCUUUUGGAUCCGCAAUAUGGUGUUGUCGCAAUAUCGAGGUCUAGACGUGGUGUGCACGAUUCACAAGGGUUCCUGACCUUCAUCAAUCACGACAGAGCCAGAGAAUUUUUGGAAAGGUUCAAGGGGCAAUUAAAGAUACGAGGCAGGAAAAUACACCUUUCAUUCUCCUCCCAAGACUCGCUUCUGGGGGCCUACCUUCAUGACGGGAAACGAGCUGUUCAAAAAUCGGUGGCUGAUCGAGUCAAACAGGGUGAUGAAUCUGAACCUAAUAAGACGUUAGAUGACGGUAAGACAAAGCUAAAGAGACAAUUACGGAGACUCCGUCACAAGCUUCGCCUCAAAGGCAUAGAAGCGGAAGAGAUACAGCGGAUUGUCCAGAGAAUACAGAGAGAGAAGUCCGCCGUAAUUGAAGCCCCAACACCAUCAUCCAGAGCUAAAAGUCAAGGCUCUACACAGGAAAUGGUACCUGCGAAGAAGAUAACUAUUGCUGAGGUUUCUGGUAAUCCUCCUAACAAGAUUCUCCUUGCGCAAAGGCUGCCCAAUGGUGUUUCACACGAAGAGGUUUCACUGCUAUUUCAAGCAGAGGGUUUGGUAGAAGUUCGGCUUGUCAGCGUGAGAAAUGUGGCAUUUAUCGAAUUCAUCAACGUUUCACAUGCCUCAAACAUGCUGAAUAAGUUGGGAACAUCUUUUCCCUGGAAAAACAGUGCCGUAUCCUUAGGGUUUGCCAAAUAG